CUUUUUUGCACAUUUGCAUAAAACACGCGGGCGAUGGCAGCAGCUUUUGGAAGGUAUUCAUCGGCUAAAACUGCUUCUUAUGCAUUGAUAUUUGCUUUUGCUGCAUAUACCUAAAAUUUCACUUCUUAUUUGUUACAGCUCCCCGAGUAAAUACAAACUGGAUCGAUGGUUUGUGAAGAGAUUUUGGCGAUGUUGGAAAGUUAUGACUCCAAGCUGCUCUUCUACAACCUUUCUUCUUUUUGUGCUCUUGGUGGGGUUCGCUUUGGCAGGUAAAAAGGCCAGGACUAUUAUUUCUAAAAAUCGUUUCAGAUAACAGAGGUUCGCAUAUUCAGUUGCAACUCGGUUAUUUCCGUAAAGCUUGUGCUAUCCAAUUACAGUCUAAUUACGCAGUACAGUGAUAAAUUCGUUUUCCCCCAUGAAUGUUCCAUGUUUUAUUCACAACCCCCGCCCCCAAGGGAUCGAGGGGUUUGUUUUUCACUAAAGAGACUGCGAAUUUUUGUUACCUUUUUGUUCAAAAAAAGAAAAAAAACCUUAGGGGCUUAAGGUGAUCAUAACAGCACAUUUUAAUACUUUUACUGAAAAUAAAAAAAGUAAUAAGAAAAUGAAAAAAUUAACUUGAAAUAAAAUAAAAAAGGAGUAAUUUGAAUCAAUCUCAGAAAAGGAGUGGGGAGAGGACAGGGGGAUGCAGAACUCUCUAUCCCCCUCCCCCUACCCCCCUUCCACUAAAUCUCCUCCUGUCAGUUUGGUCAAGGCAUUUUAUUUCUAAUUUUUCUUAGUUUUCAAACUUUUCAAAGUCAAUAAUUUUAUUUUACUUUGUUUUGAAUUAUUAUCUAUAACCUUGGACAAAGGCUCACAAAAAUUAAAGUGGUUUAAGAUAUUUGAAACUAAGAAGAAUUUGAACUACAAUGAAGAGUCAAAUUAUCAUGUGUGCAUUUUCUUCCAGCUCAAAUGAUGGUUUACAACACUGGAUUAAUACCAAGCAGAUUUUAUGAAGUUCUUUUAGCCAGAGAUAAAGAGGACUUUUCAAGUCUUUUGAUAUCAUCUCUUCUGAUAAUCAUUGGUGUUUCACUGGUAAGUUUUCAACUGAGAUAAAAAAAAACCUCCUUUAUGGUAUUGACUGUUGGCUCAUUAUUAUCCACAGCUACAACUUAAAGCUUGCAAACUCCUUUUGUCCACAAUUAUGAAGAACAAAUAUUCGGCAAAUGUUUUUUCAACUAUCUCAAAUCCUGAGACUACUGGUUCUUCAUCUUUUGCAUCCUAUAUAUUACUAAUAACUUUUAAUUUUACUAUGGACUUACUAUGGCUUAUCAACACAUUAUCUGCUGUCUAGAAUUAUAUCUGCCAGGUACUUUUUGGGGGGGGGGGACCUAAUCUCACAAGCCUUGGUGGUUUUUAUUAGUUUUUUUUUGCUGAUAAUUAGGGUUUUUUGUGUGUGGUUUCUUUACCAGUUCCUGUAAAUAGUAGUUGUAUUAUGAAAUGGCAACUCAACAGCACAAAAAAAUGAGGCUUGUUUUGGGACUAGGCAGUUUAUUGAAUGUAUAUAAUUUAUAUUCUGCACACAUAAAAAUCUAGACUAUUACAUCAAAGGUAUUUGACAGAUACACUAAUACAGCAGUCCAGUAAUCAGGAAUUUAUUACAAACACCAAUGAAAUAUAGAAACAAUCAAAAGUGCUUGUGGUGUGGGUAGGAAACUAAAGCUUUCUUUGAAGCUAGAUCUAAAUUGUUUCUUGCUUGGUUGAUUGUAAAUAAAAACAUGCCCAGAUACCCAAGCAAUUAGAAUGCACUAGCAUGGUACAAAGUAACUGGGUCUGUCCAAGUCUUAUUGCAAUUGCAAGCUGAACAAAUUGCUUCAUGUAGGAAAGAACUAACUGCUUUUACCCAGGCUGGACCUCUCACUUAUUUAUAUAGAAUUAUAGAUUCAUAUUAAUAAGGUUAACAUUCACAUAAAAUAAUAAUAAAAAAUUUUGUGCACAGUUUUAUAAGCUUGUUUUUCCAUAGACUAUUUCCUCUAUAAUAACAUUUAUUUUACUUCUUUUUUGGUAUUUUUAGGCAAACAGUGCAAUGAAAUUUGUCUCAAGAAUUCUUUAUGUCAAAUGGAGAGAGUUACUUUGUAGGAAACUUCAUGCAGGCUAUUUUAAGCAUAGGGCGUAUUAUAAACUGAAUGUCCUAGAUGACAAAUAUGACAACGUGUGAGUAGAAUGUCCAUGUUAUAUACUUAUUACUGAAAUGGGAGAGCUAGAUGGGAAAGUAUUUAGCCUGAUAGGACCAAGCAGUGAAGUCCAUGCCAUAAGCAAGAACUACAUACAAACUGUAUGUUUUCUGUGGCCUAACCUUACACAGUAAAUAAAUUAAUACGAUGGCCUCUCUUUUUGCCUUUUGCCUUUCUUCUUGUACUCUGCAUGUCAUAUUAGGACUCUGCAUGUACACAGGAUCCACUGACCCUAUCGCUGGCUGGCCUAAUAUGAUAAUAUUUAAUCAAUGAAUAAAUUUUUUUCCUGUUAAGGUAAGUGUGGAACUGUAGGAAUAUAUUUAACAAUGAAGAGCUUCAUUAGUCGGUAUUCGUUUUCUUUAUUCUCUUAACCUUAAUGUGUGAUUCAGGGAUGAUAUUGUAGGGUAAAUAAGUCACUUUUAGGCUUCAAACGGUUAAUAAAGAUUUAUAUCCAAGCAAUGUCAUGUAGUUGAUAAUAUAGUUGGCCUUGGAUGGAGAAGUGUUAGUAGAUGGCAAGGGUUUUUGUUACUAUUUGCAUUUUUUUUAAUGCAAAAUUUCCUUAUUUCUUUCAGAGAUCAGAGGAUUACCCAGGAUGUGGAAAGAUUUUGCGACACAUUUAGAAAAGUGAUCAUUGUUGUUGUGGUUUCCCCUUUCACCAUUACAUAUUACACAUAUCUGUGCUAUCAGAGGUGAUUAUCAUAUAAUAUAGAUUUUUAAGAAGAAAUUAUUGUAAUUGUUGGUAGCAAAGAAACUGAACUUUCACAAAGGAAAAAUUAGCCAUUUGUGAGAAGCAAAAGUUCUAAUGCCUUCUGCCUUUGGGACACAAAAGGUUGAGGUUAAUGAAGCCUCAUUGGAUGUGCAUUUCAUUGUGUCUCAUGGCCAAGAUACUUUACCUUUACAGUGCCUCUCUCUUCACAGAAGCAUUAAUGGGUUAACUGGUAAACAGAGGAAAAAAAAAUUUGGUGGGGGAGGGGAGAGGUGGAGAAACUUAGUGUUGGAGUUAUUUAAACUACAGGGGCUCAAAAGUUGUUGAUAAAUGCAUACCCCCUUCCCCUCCCCCACUCCCAAAAUAUUUUGCACUCAGGCUGUAAGGUUAUAGAUAGAGAAAAAUGAGUUGUUUUUUUGGGUUGGAGGGUGAGGAGAACUACAAUAAAAACUGAGGAGGAAGAGAAUUAAGCAUGCAGAAGACUUAGGUUGUAGGCAGUAGCUGAUGUUUUUAUGAAUUCAGUCUUGGAUUCAUUCUUGGAGUAGGUGGGGGACAGGUUGGUAGAUGGGUGGGGCUGGUGGUGCAAGGCAGGUUAGGGCGCAGAAGGGAAGAAUUGAAAUAGAUGGUUGCCUGCUGGUUGAGACUCUGUCUUUAGUAAAUACUCUGACCUUUGUUAUAAUUUGUGUUUGUCAUUGCCUUCCUCAACUGCAGUAACCAGCUGAUCAAAAUAAGCUGUUUAUGUAUAUUUCAGCAGAGAUCGCAAAGCGUAGCCCCAUAAUUAUACAAAAUAGUAGUAACCCAUGAAGCUGAAAAAAUUUGGAUGUACGACUGUACAACCAUAUACAAGGUGCUACUUCUAUCAUGUGUGGUCAACUGUGCUGCAGGCACACCAACGCCAUGGCUUUGUUCAGUAGUCCAGUGAUCACUGCACUGGGCUCCGAGUCAGACGACCCGGGGCUCUAGUCGUGGCCGGGGCAAGGUGUUGUGCCCUUGAGAUGUGCAGGAAAAAAAAAUGCAAACUCUUUAUAUAUUAAUUAAUGCUCAUCAGUGUGUUGUUGUUUUGUUUUCAGUUCAGGAUAUCUUGGUCCAGUGUCCAUAUAUGCCUUCUUUGUUGUUGGAACAAUACUAAACAAAUUAAUAAUGUCACCAAUUGUUAACCUGGUUGUGAAGCAAGAGAAGCUUGAAGGAGACUUUAGGUAAUUUCUCUUAUCUCUGUUUGUCCUGGAAUGAACCCUUUCACUCCCAAGAUCUCAUUAGAAAUUCUCCCUAUUGUACACCAUACAAUUCUCUUGAUGUUACCUGGGAGAAUUUGUUUAUUGGAUCAGCUAGUAAUCCCCUAAUUGAUAUUUUUCUUUAUUCUCAUUACUUGUCUGCUUGAUAUUAUAUUGAUUUUGUAAGGAGAAAUUCUGUCUUGGUCACUUAUGGGAGUGAAGGGUUAAGCAGAAGCCCUCUGGGGUGGAAUUUUUUAUGUUUGUCUUUUUUUUGUUCAUCUAUAUUUUGUUUAUUUGAUUUUUCCUGUGUAUUAAUAUUAUUUUUUUUUUGUAUGAAUAGAACAGUUUAUUAAGCUUAUUUUGUUUCAAGCCUGGCUUACAAAAAGCCUUCUCUUCAGAAAUUGGUCUCAGAGUAAUAGUGAUAAAUUUGGGUAUGAUAUAUGAGGCUUGGGUAUCAGUGGUAGGAUCUUCACUAAUAUUUUUGAUAAGGAUUUUUUUUUUUGAAAUUGUUUCAGGUUCAAACACAUGCAAAUCAGAUCAAAUGCAGAAUCAAUAGCAUUUUACAGAUCUGCUGGCUUAGAAAUGAGAAAAACCAACUCAAAAUUACAGGUAUUGUUCAUUAGGGAUUAAUGUAGUGUCAACAGCUAAUACCAAUGAACUCAUUGAUGGGUCUCCAUGUUACAAAAGAGUAGGCCAUUAUCACUCCAUCUGGGAAGCUUAGGGUGUUUACGAUGAAUCUCCAGUGGGGUGCAAAGUCCCUCUCCAUGUCCUGGUUGUGAACCCUGGGCAAUGUCCCAAAGUAGGGGAUGGGAGAGUGAGGGUGAAGUACAAUGGGAACUCCACUCCACAAGUGCACAAGUUGGUAACAUUGAAGGCUUGAUUGGAACCCCACAGCAGGGCAGCAAACAGACCUCUAGUGUGUUGGAGAAGGCUAACCCUUACAUGGUGGAUUCAAUGAGUUACUGAAACUGAAACUGUGCAAAACUUUGCCUGAUCUUUAUAGCAAGAAGAGAUUUAACAGGAACCAUUCAACCAGAAUGUAACGAUAUUCUAUUGUUAAUCAUGGGGAUUAUGUUAUGGUUCAGCUCAUGAAUAGUUUGAUGUCUGAAUGAAAGGCAUUUCAAAUAAAUUCCUGACCAAGUCUCACAGGUGGGAAGAAUGGCUGUAUUGGCAAAACUGACAGAGCUAGCUGUCUUUAUUGUGAUUCAAAUGCUGAACUUUUCAUGUACAAUUUAAUUCUGAUGAAUAUAUAAGGUUUGACUUGUGAAAAAUUUGGUGUUUGAAGUUGGCUCUUCUCUAACUCAAAUCUCUGUCCUGGAUUGUGUGAUCUUUAUCAGGCUGGUGAACUUUCUUUCCAGCCGUACUGUUGCAAUUUUUCCUUUUACAGCUCAUCUCAUUGCUCUGAUUCAGCGUAAUGUUGUCUUUUUUUUUUUUCUUUUUAGUCACUUAUAAAAGUUCAGACCAGAAUUGUGACCUUUGAGAGCAUCCUUUUCUGUAAGUUCUUUAAAAUUAUAGUAAAAUCAUCAGAAAUCAAAAUUAAAUUUAUGUCAAGUUGCCAAAUGAAUAACUCUUAUGUACUUACUGACUGAGUCGGAGAGCUGGAUGGGAAAAUGUUUGGCUCCAGGUCAUGAUUUUAGGACAAAUUGCUAAAUGUUUUCCACUCCAGCUGGGCCUAAUUGAAACUACAAUAACCAUUUUAUCAUAUAACCCUCACUUUUUGUCUUUCCUCUCCUUAUCUUUCAGCUUGCAUGUACAUGUAGCUUUGCUAUUUGGCUUUUUUUGGCCAUGGUCAUGUCCUUGUAUGUAGCUUGGUUAUUUGGCUUUUUGUGGCCUUAGUCAUGUCCUUGUAUGUAGCUUGGCUCUUUGGCUUUUUGUGGCCUAAUAGUCAUGUCCUUGUAUGUAGCUUGGUUAUUUGGCUUUUUGUGGCCUAAUGGUCAUGUCCUUGCAUGUAGCCCCCAUACAGGGAUUUUUGUCCAAUUUUCUUCCCAAUGAAAGAGGAGGUGGUGCAAGGCAUUACCAGUUAUAUGAUGAAAAUAUUUGUGAUCAACCUGUCUUUUAUGUUAUUUUGCAGUCUCUGUAAAUAUGUUUGAUUAUGUGGGAGCAAUUCUCAGCUACCUAAUUAUAGCAAUUGCUUUGUUUGGAGGAAAGUUUGACAACAUGUCUACAACUGCUCUUGGUGGAGAGAUAAGUAGGGUAUGUAUGAAGGGUCUCUGUCUUUAUUUAUUUCAAUAUCCUGCUAGUGAAAACUAGUGAUGUCGUUGAUACUAUUAUCAUACUGUUUUGUGGUAACCUGAAGACUGACCAGGUAGAAGUCUGUUGCCUCAUGGAAUUCACUGACACAAAAUGCUCUUAGGGUAGUUAGGCAUAAACUAAAUGAUUUUGUUUCUGUAAUGUUUUUUAAUACUUCAAUGGUCAGGGCUAGCUUCUUGUCUUUCUCUCCAUUAUUUCACUAGCUUCAGUAAGUCUUUUCCAACCAUAAUAUGGUGGCUGUUGACUUAAUAUCGGGUUUUUGACUAUCAAAACUACUCUCACUAAUUGCAUUGGGAUCUGCUCCUUAAACCAACAAUGGACCCUUACCAGAGUGUUUGCAUUUCAGUGUUUCAUUGGUGAACAGGGGGGGAGAGGGAAAGUUUACUUCCCCACUCCUCCCUCCUCCUUUUGACCAAGGCUUAAUUCUAGACUGUACAUCAAAUUUUCAAAUCUGUCAAAUUCAUCAAAUUCUCUUUUUGUUAGUUCUUGUCUCUUUUAUCCCAGCUUCAAUAUGACUUGGAAUCCGUAGAUGUAGAAUAAACAUGUGGAUGUUCACCUACCUAUUGUUGGUAUACACCACUCAUUUAUAACUAAUCUCCCAUUUAAUAUUCAAUAAAAUCCCUGAUAUCUUAUAUGUUUUUUAUAACUGCAAGGUUGUAUUCAUCUCAAACUUUUAGAGCUCAUUUUUUGCAAUGUACCUGAUAAACUGCUGCACACAGCUGAUUGACUUGUCUGUAGAUGUUACCAAUAUGGCUGGAUAUGUUCACAGGUAAGCUGCUUGUGCUUAACAUUAUUCUCUAUACAUUUGACAGGGGGAAUUUGUGUCACAAUCUUGAGCUUCUUUAUAAGUAAGUGAUCUUUUCCAUUAUUCCUGACUUAAAUGCAUUGAUUUAGGGGGAUAUUUGUGAGGAGAAAUUAAAUGCUAUAGUCAGUCUUAGAGGGUUUAAUGGGAACAGAAAAAUGAUCUUGGCUUUAGUUGUUAGGAUGCUUUUAGAUAAAAAGACAAGAAAUUCAAAAAAGGUUGAGUUUAAUAAAAAAAUUUACAAAGAAGCAAUGCUUCAUGUAUGCUGUUGGCUCCUCUAUCAUUGAAUUUCCACUGAAUUUUUUAACUUCCUCUUGGAUCCCCAGGAUAGGUCAGUUGUUGGAAGUUUUCUCUGACAUGAAAACUGAAACAGAGCAGAAGACCAAGGAACAUCCAGAACAUUUCGGGUAAUCCUAAGUUAGACACAUACAUGUAACGAUAUGUUUUGAUUUAAAAACUGGAUCACUGGAUAAUGCAAUUCAAGAGGUUUCAUUGGCGUAGCCAUCAUGGGCUAUGAGCCAUUAUACCAAAGUGUGUAUUGCAAUGAUUUAAACCAAAAGUGUUUUUGUACAUUGAAACAUUCUGUAUGUUCUUAUAAAAAAAUUUAGGGAAAAUUUGUAUAUAUUUUGGGGCAUUUUUAAUAAAACUAUUAUUCCACUUGUGCUUGUUAAUAUCUAUCUUCUCAUUUUUGGUGUGUGCUUGUGGAAUAAUUGUUAUAUAUAAUAAGCUGUAUUCUGCACUCAUUCACACUGUAUUCACUAAUAGAGGACAGAUUCAUGGUUGAUAUCACAAUAAACAUCAUUUUGUUUUAUCAAUUAAUCCUUUCACUCCCAGCAGUGAUUAAGAAGUAACUUUUCUUUACAAUAUCCAUGCACUAUCUAGCUAACAGGUAAUGAGAACUCUCAAAUGUACCUGGUAAAAGUUAUCUUGAUCUAACACCAAAUUCUUGUAACUUAUUUACAAGGAAAUGUGUAGCAGCUAGAGGGGAGAACGAACAAUCAGAUGUUAGGAGUUAAAGGGUUAAGACAAAUAGAAUUUAUGUUGCCGUGGGUCUGAGCAGUAAUAGAUCACAGUGGACAUCAAAUAUGGACACACUCAGCUGCACCCCUCAAGUGCCAAUUUUUCAUUCUUAGCACAUUUUGACUCCAUCUAUGAUCCAUUACUGAACAGAUAGAUGACAUCAUAGAAUUUCUUCGUUAAACUGAGUAUGUUGUUUCUUGUUUUUUCUGUGAAUUGAUUGCUUAACACAAAACUCAAUGAAAGAGUAUUUUAAAGGGAUUAAUUUGGAAGUUGAAGCUUAAGAAGGUGAACUUGUAGUGUUAUGUUGUAGUUCAGUUGACAAGGCAUUUUUCAUAUAAAUUUUUUUUAAUGCUUCAGUAGAGUUGAGAAUUUAGCUUCACAAGACAGUGAUGUUAUAUUCAAGUUCAGCUGUGUUUCCUAUGCUCCGCCAAAUUGCACAGAUGCUCUGGUCAAAGGUGAGACAUAACGUCCAGCACUAGAUGUAACAUUUGCAUAAUUAUUUCAGCCUGGUACUUGUAACAGAUGUAUUGGUAGCUAAAUAUGAAAAAUUCCGUUUAUAAAACUAGCUUUUUCUUAAUGUUUGUGGCCUUACAUUGUGGCUGUUGUUACUGAAGGCAUUCGCAAAAAACUGACUAAUCAGUGAAGUGAAGUGAGCGAUAAAUACCUCGUCAAUUCUUCGUUAUCUUUGCCUUAUUGGUCUGAAGUGCUGGUUCGAACAAUCUAAUAAUUGAGUUGGUUUAUUGUUUUUUUUCUGUAAUAUGUCUGAUCAAUUUUGAUUAUUAUAUGUAACUUUGGUAAAUUUUACUCUGUUUUGAAGCUCAUUGUGAAUUUUUUCUAGAUCUUGAUUUGGAGAUUCGCCAUGGCCAGAAUAUUCUCGUAACAGGAACCACUGGUAAUUGUGUUUGCCAUCCUUGAGUUUGCUGCACUGAAAUAAAUUUAUAUUUCCUGUAAUCACUGACUUGAAAGCCAUUGGAGAAUUUUUUUGUCUGGCAACGAGCCAAUGAAAACCCACCUGAAGGGCGGGAAAACGCGGGUGACAAAGGCGCUUUGCAUCUGAUUGGUUGAGAGGGUAGCGCGAAUUUUUAAACCAAUCACUUUGUCACUAUUAAUAUGUGUAACUUUUUCUUAUCUAUCAACAAACAUUAAGAGGUCAGGCUCCUUCAAACUUAUGGUAGUUUUGCUCAUUCAAAUAGAGCCAACUCCUCCAACGAAAAAAAAAAGUCGGAGAAUGCUGCUAUGAUUUCGCAAAUGUUUCUCUUCAUUGAAGUGGUUUUCUAUUUUCUUUUUCCAGGAAGUGGAAAGAGCUCUUUGUUUAGGAUCCUGAGCGGAAUGUGGGCUCCUCUUUCAGGUAUGAUAUAUUUACCCAAAUGUAACAUGAACCUAUGUAGAAUUAGCUAUUUUGAAUAUCGUUUUAUCAUAAUUUAUUGUAGUAGCUGUUAAAAAGAGUUUCCAAUAUGAUUGUAUUUUUAUGUUAUUGAUGUCACUCCAUAACGACCCUCGUACAGUCUCUGAUUGGUUAUUCUUGGGAUGGAAAUUUCCCCCCGCCUUGAACAAACAAUCACGGAUCUCUAAAAAUUGUGCAUCGGGAUGGGAAAAACUGAGCCGGUGAAAGAAAAAAUACCUUUUAUGGCCUCUGACCACAAUUUGUUUGAAAGUGGGCAGCUUGCAUAAGAUUUCAUGCAACAAUUUGUCAGGUCGCUUAUUCUUUUUCCAUUAUUUACAGGAGAGGUUAUAAGGUUUUUACCUUUCGAUCCCAAAGUUGUCUUCUUCCUACCACAAAAGACUUUCGUUACGGAUGGUACACUACGACAACAGGUAAAGUUCUCCUGAUCUCAGCGCCAAUGACAAUAAGAAACAAACUAAAGAAAAGUUAUGAGGGAGACAGGUUUGACGAACAAUGAUUGGCAAACUAGUACGCGGCAAAACACAACAAAAACACAGGGGUCAAACGUAAGGCAUGCGCAGUGGAGUAACUUUUUACCGGCCGCGCACCAAGGAAAACGUAAGAAACAACCACUGUCACGCAAAAUGUGUGGGGAAAAAAAGACGUCGGAACGUUCGUUUAAAUCUGUAAAAUGGAACAAAAGUAGGAAAAAAAACUGAGUAUUUUCGUACACAGAGCUUUUUGGGCUUUACCAACUGCAACGUAUUCGCCUGUGUGGUUGUCGAUAAGACAACACUUGGCUUUGACAGUCUGGAAGCACGCCACGGAGGCACAUGCGCUCUGGUUUGACCACUGUGUUGAUGUGACGUCAAGUAACACGUCUGGUACGUUUUCCCGCGCUGUUCGUCGUUCACGUGUGUUUUCUCUGACUUCUCUUGUUGGUGAACUACUUUUCGUCAUUGAUCAAGGCUUAAUCAUUUUUAAAUUGGAGAUAAGUCUAUGAUAUGGCUCUGAAAUGGGGGAGAUACUACGCAAAAUGCUUGAUUUCCCCUCAGAUACCUUAAUCAUCGUUAUUUUGUCGCCCGUAGUUAAACUGUCUGUCUUAUUUUUAUUUGUUGUUGAUUUUUCCAGUUAACUUACCCUUGUGAAAAUCUUCUCCUUUAUGGAGGCCACUCUGAAGCAGGUAAUGACAGUUAUGGUUCAGUUCGUAGUUGCUUCAAUACGCUCUCUGAUUGGUCGUGAAAACUCGCGCCACCCUCUCAACCAAUCAUAUGCAAAACUAACAAUUAUGGCCACGUGCCGAUUUGGUAUUGAUUUAUUUGGUUUUAGUCUUCAAAGCUCUAUAGAAGCGCGCUUUAUUGGUUUCUCCUUGUUAGCUAGCGGUUUUCCUCGCUGUGAACAUGCGCCGUUAACCAACCAACAACUAAAUGUGGUCGUAAAAAUUUCGAUUAGUGAAAAUUUGCAUGGAUCUUCCAAUGUGUAUUUCGCCAUAUUUUCAUUUUAAACACAGGUGACGAAGACGAGAAACUUCUUGGAUUGCUCGACACUGUAGGGCUUGUAAGUAAAUGAAGUGAACUUGUCAACUACACAAGUGAAAUUCUGAGAUUUCGUGGAGGACAAUGCAUAGAACAAGUGAAAAGGAGGGAAGCUUUCGCUUACCUUUCCCUCGUUCACUGUUCCAAAAUAGAAGUUGUAAUCAAAUCCUGGUUUUUGGAAACGAACGCGAUACUGGAAUAUUAGCGUAACAGCCCUUAUUUCUUUGUUCGCUCUACUUCACUCCAUGAACAUCUAUGAACAUCUCGGAAGCAAAAAGUGUUAUUUUAUCAGGGUCAAUCAGAUUUACCAAUAUCUUAGAAACUGCGUGAAGACAUCAGCUCGACGCUUUCCUCUAUGGAAAACUCCUCAACCUGUGUUCGCAUCGGGGAUUUCUACUGAAAAUGCUCAAAGAAUUUUGUUCCUGUAGUCUCAGAUAAUUUCCGGUUUUCGUUGCUUUGAUUUCCUAUCCUGUGUAUGGUCGCCGCCGCCGCCGCCGCCCCCCCCCACCCUCCAAAAGAUGGAGGGUAGGGGGCAGGUGUACAUAAGUUAUUAUUUCCCUCAUUGGGAAUUUUAUCACCAUUAACACAUUUAUUACAGAAAUGAAAAGAAAUAUUUAAAAUUCCUUUAGCUAAUUUACUCAAAUUGGGUUUACUGAGGUUCAUUUGUGUACUUUGUUUCUCUCUCUCCUAAGGCAAAUCUCUGCAGCCGAGUGGGUGGCCUUGAUAGUCCUGUGGAAUGCAAGUGGUAGGUGAUGAAAUCUCGAACGCUUCUGCAUGUCUUUGCUCCUCCGCUUGUACAGGCAGAAAUGCACGGAGAAAGCUUGCUUUGCUCCCACGAAGCAAGCGAUUAUGAGUCAAUCCUAAGCCGCAACGCAGCUUUAAGUCUUUCAAAAUUCUCCCAUAGAAAAUCUGCUUGUUGUUUGAUUGUUUGUAUUUUUAGUUAAAACUGAUAAUUAUUCCAGAUGAGGAACUUAGAAAUAUCUUUUGAUACAGGGAGGACAUGCUGACUCCAGGAGAAAUGCAACGGUUAUCUUUCGCUCGUUUGUUCUAUCAAAGACCACAAGUAGCGCGUAAGUAAAAAAUCUCACUUCUUUUGGACAAAGUUGAAAAUUAUUAACGCUAAAUAGCUUCAUUGUUGAUAUUAUUUUUUUCAUUUUUUAUGGAACAACAAUUGUUCUCUUCAGUCCUAGAUGAAGCUACAAGUGCCUUAGACACUUCCACGGAGAGUCAGCUGUAUUCGAUUUGCAAGGACUUUGGAAUUACUGUGUCAAGCGUUGGUCAUAGGAGAUCCCUCAGGCAGGUAUGUAUCUUCGCGCAAACGAGAGCGAGAACGAACGAAAUAACAAGUGUAGGAAUGGACUGACGAAAGAACGCACGAACUCAGGAGCGCGCUUACUAACGCAAAAACGAAUACACGAAAGCACGAAGAACCAAAUGGAAGAAUUGAAAUGACUUGACACAAAUGCAUGGAUUGGUAACGUUCCUCUUCAAUAUUUUUUCUUUAGUUUCACGACUUUGAGUUGAACCUUGACGGAGAAGGAGGAUGGGAAUUCAAGAAAAUUGAAGAUUAGUGAAAUUUUGCAAGGAGGUCGAGAAGCAAAUUGAAUGUUGAAAGUAGCAAGGAUUUUAGUAGGUUUUGCCGUACCUGGCUUUGUGAUUGGAUGACAAAAGCAGUGCAGCUCACGCUUUCCCACGCUUUGCUGCUGAUCACGUGUAUUAGCUUUUCACUCAUUGGCUCACUGCUGUUUUCACGAUUUAUCAGAUUAAUCGCUACAUUUGUUUUGUAGUCACUCACAAAGGAGGGAAAUUUCAUAUUCUGCAGUCUGAGUAUGGGGGCGAGGUGCCGACCUAUUGUCUAAGAUUGCAACUUAAGUUUUAUAGAUUUCAUGUAGAAUUACAUUUCUGCUAUCUGUUCAUAGUAAAAGCUUUAUAUUUGUAGUAACGAAUUAUGAAUGCGAAAUUUAGCAUUCCCUGCGUCAUAAAAUUCGUUCGUUAGAGACAAUCCAGUAAGUUAUAAUAAUUCAGAGAAAUUUAUUCACAAUUCUACCUUUGAAUUAAAUCCAAAUACAAUUGUUAAUAUAUUUUGGAUCGAAUUAUUUCUAAUAUAUUGGUAUUUUUGUCCUAUAACCACUAAAAAAAAAACAGACAGGUUCAGUGUACUUAUUCAACCGUCGUUUUUCUUCCUUAACCAGAACUCUAAGUAGCGAGAUUGUGAUGUUAGUGCACGCUUGGAGUUUUAAACAAUCGCUAUCACUUUUACUGUUUCCCUUGUGUAGCUGCCUUUGAUGAAGUUCUUUGUGAAGGCUUCAACUUCCCUCGCGAUCGUGGUGAGAUUUGUGAUCAGUUGGUUCGUUGGGUUUAUUGGAAAAGUGAGAAUUUUAUUGGUUUUCUCGUGAUGUUUAUUCGCUGAUAGACUCAGGUGUGCGUGUCGCUUUUUCAAGUCGGGAAUGCCCGUAACUUUUUGUCCCCGAUGUUUCCAGGGAACAUACUGAGUCGACUGUCGGAAAAAAAGCGGGUGUAAUGACACUACUCCUUGAUUGAAAUCGGUAGAUCGUCCAAUAAGAUAGGCUCAUUGGGAGGCAUUCGACCCCUUCAUCAAAAACUUAAUUUAUAACAUUAAUAAUAAAUACCAGAAGAUUGCUACCUGUAAUCUUCUGUUAAUAUGAAAUGAUGCAUGGUAAUUAAAAAUAUAUUUUUAUAUUAUUUUCACAUAUAUUUCGUAAUAUAUAAUUUUUUCUAAAUUCAAUCUACAGCAUCUGUCAAGUUAUUUGAAAUCCUAAUUUUAAGUAAAUGAAAUGUAACGACGAUG